AUGAACGCUCCAGCACGGACCGUCAGGGCAUGCUUGUCUAAAGUGCACUACCCUAUACGGUGCGGCAGCCGCCGGAAUGCUUCAACGUUGGCAAUCCUAGAAGUUCGCAACGGGCAACUGUCUUCUGACUCUACACGCACAAUAACCGCUGCCGCCUACCUUAAGGGCCCCGUCACUGCGCUCCUGAUAGGAGGAUUUUCGACGGGAGCCGCACAGGAGGCAGCCUCAGUCAAAGGUUGGAACAGGGUCAUUGCUGACAGCCAAAAACAACACCAUGCUCGCCUCCCCGAAGACGUCGCAGCGAUAGUUGCCAGUCAUGCCGAGCAGGGAAAAUACACCCACGUCGUGGCAGCGAACUCGGUAUUCAGUAGAGACGCGUUGAUACGCGCUGCUUCACUCAACGGCCACCAGCCUAUCACGGACGUGACAUUGGUCAAAUCUGAAGAUGCACUCUUUGUGAGGCCAAUCUAUGCCGGCAACGCAGUCAUGACAAUCAAGUCCAGCGAUGAUGUUAAAUAUCUCACAGUACGCGCAUCAGCCUUUCCGGCUGCAGAAAUCGCAGACAGCCCCGCCCCUAUCGAGACCUGCAUUGAAAACUCCAGCUCAAAGACCCCAUGCAGUGCGGAGUUGGUACAGGAGGACUUGGUCAAGAGCGAUCGACCUGAGCUGGGAACUGCUGAGAGAGUUGUCUCGGGUGGAAGGGGACUUAAGUCAAAGGAGGCCUUCGAUCAAGUGCUUCUCCCUCUCGCAGACUCUCUGAGGGCCGCAGUUGGCGCAUCCCGUGCGGCGGUUGACAGUGGAUUUGCUGACAACAGCUUACAGGUUGGCCAGACUGGAAACGUAGUCGCUCCAGAGCUAUAUAUGGCAAUCGGUAUAUCAGGGGCGAUCCAGCCCCUUGCUGGAAUGAAGGGCAGUAAGGUGAUUGCAGCAAUCAACAAAGACCCGGACGCGCCUAUCUUCCAAGUCGCCGACGUAGGGCUAGUGGCAGACUUGUUUGAAGCGGUCCCUGAGCUGACCAAAAGCUGUAGUUCAGCCUAG